AAGAUGACCGGUCGUGGAAAGGGAGGAAAGGGAUUGGGAAAGGGAGGAGCGAAGCGGCAUAGGAAGGUCUUGCGAGACAACAUCCAGGGUAUCACAAAGCCCGCAAUUCGUCGUCUGGCUCGUCGUGGCGGAGUGAAGAGAAUCUCCGGUCUGAUUUACGAGGAGACUCGUGGUGUCCUCAAGGUAUUUCUUGAGAACGUCAUUCGUGACGCUGUGACGUACACCGAGCACGCCAAGAGAAAGACCGUAACCGCCAUGGAUGUCGUCUACGCCUUGAAACGACAAGGCCGUACCCUGUACGGUUUCGGGGGUUAAAAUACAUCGUCCUUCUGCCCAGCAAACAACCGGCCCUUCUCAGGGCCAACAAUAUUUGUCUGAUGCAAAGGAAUUGAAUGCUAUUCGAACAUCACAUGAAUGUGCGCUGAACAAAACCACAUUUUUCUACACCAAAGGCGAAUUUUUUAGCCCGAAUUUGAGAGAUGAUGAUUGCUGCUUACAUUUCCCCAUUCAUUCGACACUGCAACCAUAGAGAUGUUCAAUAUAUCUGUGCUGCAACUAAGCCUGAUCAUCACUAAUAUUCGAUUAAACUUAUCCACAGAAAUAAGAAUGUUAGAAUCCAUCGAUAUAAUGUUCUGAAAUUUGAACUAAUUUUUUUAUUAGGUAAAAAUUUACAUCUUCAAAUAUAAAUGCAAAUCUUCAUAUUAAUAAAUGAGCAAAAUCGAUGAAUAAUACAAAAUUAAACCUAUAUAUAUUAGAAAUAUAAGAAAAUGUAGAAACGGCCUAGUCCUAAUCAUAUUCCAAACAAUUAUACAGGGUGAAUCCUACAACUCUGUCAACCCGUCAGGGGUAUGUUGGGGCUGCUCAGACAAGCAUUUUGAGGUAACACACUUAUGGUCGGAAACUCCUCCUAACGGCUGUGGAGGGCUUUGAAGAUUUUUUUUAAAUUUAUUUAUUCAUUUAUUUUUUUUUUCUGGUACCCAGGGGUUGCUCCUACUUUCGCUCGGAUUCGAACGUAAUGGUUUGUUCUGCGCUAAAAAACGUACUUCUUAGUGUCUCAUCGGUACAAUGACAAGUCGAGUAAUUAUGAACCGCCUUACUUGGGUCGAGCUAACAGAUGUGCAUUAUGCGUACCGCGCCAAUGAUUCGAAUUCACUCGCUGCGCAACGCUGGUAUCGUGAACGGUUCCCAAACCGACCUUUUCCCCACAGGCAAGUUUUCUCUGCAGUUAAUCGUCACGCGAGGGAAACUGGGUACCAUAAAGAAAAAAUUAAAAACAAAAAAAAAAUUUUUUUUAAAUUUAAAAAACAAAACUUCAAAGCCCUCCACAGCCGUUAGGAGGAGUUUCCGACCAUAAGUGUGUUACCUCAAAAUGCUUGUCUGAGCAGCCCCAACAUACCCCUGACGGGUUGACAGAGUUGUAGGAUUCACCCUGUAUAAGAAUUGUUACAAUAAUCUUAGCAAAGAAUUCGAAAAAAAAUCAUAAUUGAUCAAAAUCAAAAUAAUGAACACAUUUUUUUUCGUGAUAAAUUGUCCUGAACCCCGUCAUUGAUAAUGAAGAUCUUGACACUCCCGUUCAGUUUUUUAUGGGAAAAGUUCACUGAAAUUUUUGCCACGCAAUAUGCGGCUAAAAUUUCGGACAAUAGCCACAUUUGAAAAUUCGUACCGAGACCAAAAUAUAUCGUAAAUUUUUUGAAAAAAUAUCAAAAUGAAUCCAAAUCUAUUCGAGUAAUCUUGAAACAGUCUAUUGCGAACGUGUAAUUCGGUAUUCGGCCGUCGGAGCAUCUCGGACGUACGUAGGUCCUUAUUUUCCGAAGCAGCGGCAGUAUAGCCGUAGCAGCCGAAGCGAACGAUUUAUGCUUGACAGACUUCAAACUUACCUAGUUCUUCACGAUACGGUUCGACUUUCAACUACUUUACCUGCGAUGAGCUGACAAAUUCAUAUAAAGGCUCUCAAUUAGUCAUCACGGUGCCUUGUUGAUUGCAGUACUUACUCAACUUCCAACCACGAAGGGCAGGACUUACAUGGCAUCGCACGAUUCGUUUGCAGGUACUCGGGGAUGCUGCCACCGUAUUCAUAGCCCGGACUCCCCCUGUUCAUCAGGGGGAGUCCACCGUCCCCUGGGACUGCGCGGCCUCCCACCGCCCCCGGGGUCCCAGGGGACCCAGUCCCCGAGGACAU